AUACAUAUUUUCCUGUUUCAGUGCAUACAAAGGAAAAUGAAUGAACCGACAAUCUUGAAGUAAACUGGAAGUCGCCAUUCGAUCCAACGACAAUGCGUCAAAAUCCGAGAUACUAAUCGGAUGCACAAGCACACAACAAGGAGAGAAAUCGAGCGCAAACCAACAAGAAUCAGAAGCUACAUUCUUGGUGCACCAUUUGUCUUCUUUUUUGGUGGGGUGUUUUAGAAGCCCCAAAUCUGGCUACCGUGGAGGGAUUAAGGGCACGCUCAUCGUUGAAGCAAUCAAUCUCCGAUAUCAACGACGACGACGAGGAGUGCAGGCCUUGGCGUCGUAGAUUGUCCAUGGCUUUCACCUGGGGCUCCGCUCUCAGGAUCACCCUCCUCGUCCUCCUCCUCGCCGCGGUUAUAUUCGCCUGUUUCACUCUCCCUGUCGAGAAGAUUUUGAAGGAUUUUUUGUUAUGGGUUGAGAAGGAUCUUGGACCUUGGGGUCCAUUGGUGUUGGCUGUUGCUUAUAUUCCAUUAACAAUCUUGGCGGUUCCAGCUUCAGUUCUUACUCUUGGUGGUGGUUAUCUCUUUGGGUUGCCUGUGGGUUUUGUUGCUGAUUCUAUUGGUGCUACCAUCGGUGCAGGAGCUGCAUUCCUUCUUGGCAGAACAAUUGGUAGAUCAUUUGUUGUUUCCAAGUUGAAGGAUUAUCCUCAGUUCCGGUCAGUUGCAAUUGCUAUUCAGAAAUCUGGUUUCAAGAUUGUUUUGCUGCUUCGGCUUGUACCCUUACUCCCAUUCAACAUGUUGAAUUACCUCCUUUCGGUGACCCCAGUUCCAAUAGGAGAAUACAUGCUGGCAUCCUGGCUAGGAAUGAUGCCAAUUACCCUUGCUUUAGUAUAUGUUGGAACAACUCUUAAGGAUCUUUCUGAUGUGACACAUGGGUGGAGUGAAGUUUCAAAGAUGCGUUGGGCGUUUCUCAUAUUGGGUCUUGCAGUAUCUGUGGUUUUAAUGGUUUGUGUUACAAAAGUUGCAAAAGCUGCUCUUGACAAAGCUUUGGCUGAAAAUGAGGAUGCAGAUUGCAUCUUGGGCUCACCACAGUUGCCCAUUGUGGGUGAGCCAGGUUUGGACCUGUGCCAGCCUCUUGUAAUCAAGAUAGAAUCCCCUGAAGACACUCAUGAAAAAUGAAUCUUAACAUUAUUUGUAAAUUCUUCCACUGCAUUCUUCAUAACCCCCCCAGUGCAUCUCAUUGCAUUGCCAAGGGUGCUCGUCUUAUGGAACUGUAUAGUUUCCUGAUUCACAAAUGUAGUUGUGGACAGCAGCAUUAGUUGAUAGCAGAAAUGCUUUAAUUUUUCUUUGGAUACCUUAUAUUAAUUUACUUUUGAACUCGGCUUUCCUUCGGU